UUCGACCUGAAUCUCUUUAAAAGCAUCAUCCACGGAAUCGACGACCGCCUGGAUCUGUCCAUGUCCAGAGGAAUCCCCGUGGAGACCGCCAAAAUGAUUUUCUCCAAGCAGGACCACAGACACAGGGUGUACGUCAGAAACAAAGACUGCUGGGCGUACGGCCUGGAUCUGACCUCUAUUUCUCCUUGGAACAGUUAUUAUGGAAAGCAGAUGGCUGGGGUUCUUGUUUCACCUCGUCACAUAUUGUUUGCCAGACACUACAGAGUAGGCGUGAACACAAUAAUGAGAUUUGUCGACGUCAACAACCACGUCACAGAGCGACGCGUGAUCGCCAUGCACCUAGUGAACAGAACGGAACACGAUACCUUCUUCUACAAAGACAUCGCCGUGGGUUUGUUGGACAAAGAUGUUCCGUCGACCAUCAGCUUCGCCCGAGUGAUGCCGAGAGAGAUCGUGCAUUUCCAUCCACCAUCCAACAUCCGACUCCCGGUUAUGAACACCGACCAAGAAGAGAAGGCGCUGGUGGAAGAUUUCGAUUAUUAUGUAGGCUCAGAGAUCCAUCUGAAGAAGCCGUUGGUGAACAGUACUCGUCACAAGUUCUUCGAGCUAAUCAUAUCGGGGGACAGCGGAGACCCGAACUUCUUUGUUAUCAACCAGGAGCUGGUUCUUAUCUUUGUGUUCACUACAGGUGGCCGUGGCGGCGGUACUAGCAUCGUGCACUGGUACGACCAGAUCAACAGCAUCAUGGAGCAGCAAGGUGGCGGAUACCAGCUGACUGAAGCCAGUUUACACGGAUUCCUCGACCACCAGCACCACAGUCUGCCUCAUCUCGUGGGAUAA